GUUUUCAGUAAGGUGUUGAAAGUCGCAACAGCUCUAGCUGGUGUUCUACAGCUUUAAACACCCUACACAUCUCCACGUCUAACGGUAGGGUCUCCCCCUCCAGCUUUCAUUUAAAAUGCGUUAUGUAAACCACAACGUUGUCUUCUGAAGUUUGGUGCUGCGACUUGUUUGCAAGCAAUGGCCAAGAAGUAAAGUUGUCCGUGUCCAACUGAUAGGGAGCGUCUGUAAAACUGUUUUGGCGAAUGCGCAAUGACGGCAUUGCUCUUUACCGAUUGCAGAGGAGCCAUGGAGUGUCCUAAGCUCCCACCCCACGCGGGCGCCGUCCUGUCCGUGGUGGACAUGCACACGGCGGGAGAGCCGCUGCGGAUCAUCACCGGGGGCUACCCGGACGCUCCCGGGGACACCGUGCUUGCCAAGCGACGUUACGCACGGGAACACCUCGACCACCUGCGCAAGGUCGUUAUGCGGGAGCCGCGCGGCCACGGGGACAUGUACGGGGCCGUGCUGGUGAAAAGCGAGCUGGCCGCCGCGCACCUCGGGGUCCUGUUCAUGCACAACGAGGGCUACAGCACGAUGUGCGGCCACGGCGUCAUUGCGCUCGGCCGCUUCGCUGUCGACUACGGGCUGGUGAAGGCGCCCACUUCACCGGAAACCCAGAUAAACAUGCACUGCCCGUGCGGCUUGGUCAAGGCGUUUGUGGAGUAUUCCAACGGCAAAACGGGAGCAGUGCGAUUCCAUAGUGUCCCGGCUUUCGCUUUUGCAACAGAUGUGAAAGUCACCGUGCCUGGAUGUGGCGACGUCGUAGUGGACAUUAGCUACGGGGGAGCUCUGUAUGCGUUUGUGAAUGCUGGAACGUUCGGUCUGGAUGUCACCAAGUCCAGAACCAGAGAUCUAGUGGAUGCGGCCAUUGCCGUGACUAAGGCAGUCAAAUCUCAGGUGAAGCUGCACCAUCCUGUUAGUGAAGACCUGGCUUUCCUUUAUGGCACCAUCCUCACUGAUGGCAAGGACGCCUUCACCGAUGAGCCCACAGCAAAUGUAUGUGUGUUCGCUGAUGCUCAGGUGGACAGGAGCCCCACUGGGUCAGGUGUGACUGCCCGCAUCGCGCUGCAGUACCACAAGGGUCUGAUCCAACUGAACCAGACACGGAGCUUCUGUAGCGGAACCACGGGGGCCAUGUUUACAGGCAAAGCUGUUCAGGAGACCACGUGUGGAGACUUCCAGGCAGUGGUGGUGGAGGUCUCGGGGCAUGCUCACUACAGCGGCGUGGCCUGCUUCACUCUGGAGGACGAGGACCCCCUUCAGAGCGGCUUCCUCCUGCGCUAGGCCUCGUCUGAACGCGAGACCAGGCUGGAGAGGCUUCAGAGAAAUGUCUGCUCUAGUGAGCACUUUAAUGUUUCAUCAGUCCUCAUAACUGAUGGAGUCCACUCACUACUUCUUGUCAGUCCGUCUUUUGCAGAAAACAAGUAUAAAAGACAUUACAUUUCGUUCAAUUUAAAUAAGUGACUAGUUAGGAAAAGUACAUUUGCACAUUCACAGAAUUACAACUGCACAUUCAUCAAGUAUUUUGGACUUAAUAGUUGCUGUAGCUUUGAUUGAGGGUUUCAGCAAGAAUGGUGCUACAUACAAAUGGUGGUACAUACAGAAACCACCAAGACAUUUAUGCUUCUAUUAUACAGCCAGAAAUGUGAUUUUAUUUUUUAUUUUUUUGAAAGGCAGUGCCAUUACAGUUGUCAAAAUGCGGUCGUCUUCAGUGGCCAACAGAUGGUUUUUGUUGUUUGUUUUUUUUUUCUUUGUGUCUAACAGUGAUUUAAUGUUUGGUAAGCAACUUUUUUGUUUGACAAUUCCACAAGUUGACCGCUAGGGUGCAAUAUCAACUCAUAAUUAAAUCGAAUCCCACAUUUUCAUACCA